AUGGAAUAUAGUUGGCUAGUAAAAAUGGAUAGAGAAUUACAUUAUGCAUGUAUUGAUUCCUAUGGUAAUCUAACAGCAUACGAAUCCAAUGGUACAUGUCGAAAAGCAGCCUAUGUAACAGCACUUUAUUAUACUAUGAGUUCAUUAACAAGUAUUGGUUUUGGUAAUGUUGCUGCUAAUAGUGAUAAUGAAAAAAUUUUUACAUGUGUUAUGAUGCUUAUUGGUUCACUUCUUUAUGCAACUAUAUUUGGUAAUGUUACAACAAUAUUUACACAAAUGUAUUCAGCUACAGCUCGAUAUCAUGAAAUGUUAAGUAGUAUUCGAGAAUUUAUGCGUUUACAUGGUAUGCCUAAUCAAUUAAAUGAACGUAUUAUGGAUUAUGUUGUAUCAACAUGGGCAAUGACAAAAGGUAUUGAUGCAACAAAAGUAUUAAAUUAUUGUCCAAAAGAUAUGCGUGCCGAUAUAUGUGUUCAUAUGAAUCGAAGUGUAUUUAAUGAACAUCCAGCAUUUCGUUUAGCUAGUGAUGGUUGUUUACGUGCAUUAGCUGUUCAUUUUCAUAUAAAUCAUUCUGCACCUGGUGAUAUGUUAUAUCAUUGUGGUGAAAGUCUUGAUAUGCUUUGUUUUAUUGCAUCUGGUUCAUUAGAAGUUAUACAAGAUGAUGAAGUUUUAGCUAUACUUAGUAUAAAUGAUGUUUUUGGUGAUGAUUUUUGGAGUAAACAUCGAGAUAGUGUUGGUCAAUCAGCAGCUAAUGUUCGUGCAUUAACAUAUUGUAAUAUACAUCAAAUUCGACGUGAACGAUUACUUGAAGUAUUAGAUUUUUAUCAUCCAUUUAGUAUAUCAUUUGCUCGGAAUAUGUUGCUUACAUAUAAUUUAAGACAACGUGUUGUUUUUCGUAAAAUUGCUGAUGUUAAACGUGAACGUGAAUUAGCUGAACUAAGAAAAAAUGAAGGAUUAGAUCAAAUAAGUUCGGAUCAUCCAGUGCGAAAGCUAAUAUCAAAAUUUCGUAAAAUAUCACAAGAAAAUCGUGCAGCUUCACAAACUAUUUCUAAUGUACCUACACCUCCAACAACAAUAGUUAGUCCACCAUCACAACAACCAUCACCACCAUCCCCACUAUCAACCAUUGGACAAUCACCAAGUACUGAAGCAUAUGAUUCUUUAACAAGAACAAAUAUGACUUCAUUACCAACUUCACAUUUACAAUUACAUCCAUCAUCAACUUUAAAAAGUCGAGAUAAACUUGAAACAAUUUCUGAACGUAUUGAAACACAAGAAUCACAACUAUCUCAAAUCACAUCUGUUCAUCAAAGUCCACCAUUACAACGACCACCAAAAUCAAGUAAAUGGAAAUGGUUGAAAACGGGAUCAACUGGACCUGAAGCAGAUUCACCACCAAGAAAAACUGGUUCAAGCACCAAACAAAUACAACAACCAUCAACUAAUCCAUUUGAUUCAAAUUUAACUGAUGAAGAUACACAUGGCAAAGCAGAAGAUGGUGAUGAACGACGAUUAUCUAUUCCGCUUAGUUUAUUUAUACCGAGAUCAGUUCGUCAGGAAGGUACAAAAGUAACAGAAGACAUUAAUGAUGAUCAAAAACAAUUAGAUGAAUCUCAUUCCGAUAUAAAUACAGCAUUUGGACCUCGUCGCAGUAUAUCAUCACCAUUCAGUGAUCAUCCAUUAUUAUCAUCAUUAAUUGAUAUAAAAAAUGAUUUAAGUAAUGAAGUACGAGCAUUAACAAAACGUAUGAUACAUAUUGAUGAACAAAUUAGUCAAAUUUUUAACUUUCUUUCACCACUUCAUUCGUCAAUAAAUAAUAAUACACAACAAGUAUUGGAUACAACUCAAUCAUCAUCAAUUCCAUCUCAACCUUCUUCACUUUUACCACCAUCAUCAUUAAACACAACAACGAGUCACUCUAAAACUAACACUUCUACUCUAAAGUUUCCAAAAAUGUUCGAAGAACCUUCAUACUAUUCAGAUAUAAAUACAAUAAUUCCAUUUUUUGAUGCGAAUCAAUCGUCAUCACCAAUAACUGAUGUUUCUAUACAGCCGAAAACAAAUGAUCCAUUGUUAACAAUAUCAUCAACAUGUCAAAUCAGUGAUUAUGAUUCAACCCCAUUAUCAAUUCCACCACCACCUUCUGUCUAUAAUCGUUCAGCUAGUUCGUCAGUUGUUACUUUAGGUAUAUCGACAACUCCACAUGGUUCAAUAUCCAAUAAAAUAGUACCCGCACCUACUAGUUCUAAACAUCCAUUGAGCGCUAGUUUUCGACCGAUUUCUAAUACUCGUUUUAAUCCGGGUCGUUCUCCGAAACCGAAAGCUCGUUCACAUCAAAAUCGAUCCAAUGUCAAGCAUCGACAACAACCUGAGAAAUCAACAAUUAUUGAACUUGAACCCUCAACACAAAAUGAUACAACGAAUAAAAAUGUACCGCUAUUUUCAACAUUAUCAUCAACAACAAAAUCAGGUAGCAAAGUGUUUCGUCGUUUCAUGGGAAGUAGUAGCAAUGCAGAGAAAACAACAAUGUCGUCAACAACACUUCUCUAUCCACCUACAAGUGAUGAUGAACAUCCAAUGAGUCCUACUAGUUCAGGCAAUGAUGAUGAUGAUCAUAGACCAUUGACUUCAUCUUCAAGUAAAUAUCAUCAUCAAACACCUCUCUGA